GCGGAAGGCGGAAGUGUGUGCUGUGGGACUGCGAAACCGCGCUGAGGUGUCCCUAGCUGGCACCUCUUGGCGCUUUUGGGUCUGGGCUCGGGGUCCCGGAGGGGGCUGGGAGGCAGAGCGAGGCGCGGUGGCCAUGAGGCGGCCGCGGGGCCCGGCGGACUGUGGAGGUUGAGCCCGCCGCGGUCCCUCGGUGCCUCCUCCAGGCAGCCCCCCAUCCGGUGCGCUUCAUCCCGCCGUUUCUCCUAGGGCCCUCCUUGCCUGCAGCGCCCGCGUCGUCCCCGCCGUCUACCCGGCGCUCGGGCCGCGGCUCCAGGGCCGGCCGUCCAGUGACCCCCCGGGCGCCGGCUGGAGCCAGGCCUUGCGGGCGCCGGGGGUCCCGGGCCCCUAGACCCCCACUAUGACCGCGGCCUCCGCCUCCAACUGGGGGCUGAUCACCAACAUAGUGAACAGCAUAGUGGGGGUCAGUGUCCUCACCAUGCCCUUCUGCUUCAAACAGUGCGGCAUGGUCCUGGGGUCGCUGCUCCUGGUGUUCUGCGCCUGGAUGACACACCAGUCCUGCAUGUUCCUGGUGAAGGCCGCCAGCCUGAGCAAGCGGAGGACCUACGCCGGCCUGGCCUUCCACGCCUAUGGGAAAGCAGGGAAGAUGCUGGUGGAGACCAGCAUGAUCGGACUCAUGCUAGGGACCUGCAUUGCUUUCUACGUUGUGAUCGGUGACUUGGGGUCCAACUUCUUUGCUCGGCUGUUUGGGUUUCAGGCUGGGGGUGCGUCUCCCCGGGCUCCAUAUCCCUGGGCUCCGUCUCCUCUGGCUCCGUCUGUGUCCUGCCUCUCCCCCUGCAUCCAGCACUCUUCACGGAGGGAGCCCUGCAGCCACGUGACCAGCCACUUCCGCGUCUUCCUGCUGGUGGCGGUGUCCUUGUGCAUCGUGCUGCCGCUCAGCCUGCAGAGGAACAUGAUGGCCUCCAUCCAGUCCUUCAGCGCCAUGGCCCUCAUCUUCUACACGGUGUUCAUGUUUGUGAUCGUGCUGUCCUCACUCAAGCAUGGCCUCUUUGGCGGGCAGUGGCUGCAGCGGGUCAGCUUCGUGCGCUGGGAGGGUGUCUUCCGUUGCAUCCCCAUCUUCGGCAUGUCCUUCGCCUGCCAGUCCCAGGUUCUGCCCACCUACGACAGCCUGGACGAGCCCUCGGUAAAGGCCAUGAGCUCCAUAUUCGCUUCCUCUCUCAACGUGGUCACCACCUUCUACAUCACGGUGGGAUUUUUCGGUUACGUCAGCUUCACCGAGGCCAUCGCUGGCAAUGUGCUGAUGCACUUCCCUUCCAACCUGGUGACGGAGAUGCUUCGUGUGGGCUUCCUCAUGUCCGUGGCCUUCGGCUUCCCCAUGAUGAUCCUGCCCUGCAGGCAGGCCCUCAGCACCCUCCUCUUCGAGCAGCAGCAGAAGGAUGGCACCUUUGCUGCUGGAGGGUACAUGCCCCCUCUCCGCUUCAAAGUGCUCACCCUCUCGGUGGUGUUUGGAACCAUGGUCGGUGGAAUCCUGAUUCCCAAUGUGGAGACGGUGCUCGGCCUCACGGGAGCCAUGAUGGGGAGCCUUAUCUGCUUCGUGUGCCCCGCCCUCAUCUACAGGAAGGUCCACAAGAACGCCUUCUCAGCCCAGGUGGUGCUCUGGGUCGGCCUGGGCGUCCUGGUCAUCAGCACAUACACCACCCUGUCUGUGCGUGAAGAGGCUCCUGUGGACUUGGCAGAGGAGGCUGGCGGCCGGCUUGGGGAAGCUGAGAGCAUCAAGAAGGCAGAGGCGGCCCGGCUGUCAGCCCAGGACCUGGUCGCGGAGGUGGCCAAGGACUCCCGCAACGAACUGAAACUGCCUGGCAUAAAGGACGAGGCAGAGCAGGCCCAGAUCAAGGGCCCCGUGGAGAUGCCCCCGCGAGGAGACACCAAGGAGAAGCUGGAGGAGGCACAGCUUGACCGCCCUGGCCAAGGGAUUGCUGUGCCCCUGGGGGAGGCCCACCGUCACGAGCCCCCUGUCCCACAUGACAAGGUGGUGGUCGACGAAGGCCAAGACCUGGAAGGACCAGAGGAGCGCGAACGCGUGUCCAAACACGCAGGCGCGGAAGCCCUGGGAGGCAUGGAGCCGGGCGCACAUCCCCUGCUGGACUUAGAGAGGGAGAGGCGGGCACCUGAGCGGGGAGAGGCCCUGCAGGAAGUGGCUGGCCCUCCUGAGGAGCUCCAGAAGGCUCCAGAGGCCAACAGCCAGCCAGCUAUUCAGCCUGCCCAUGAGGACCUGGGGCUAAGCGACAGGGAGGGCCAACCAGGGCCCCAGGCAGGGCUCGUGGAGGAGCAGGAGGUCCUGGCCGCAAGAGGAAGGGAGAAUGCAGAGCGCGUCGUGCCGCCGGGCCCCGCUGCAGAAGAGCUGGGGAAGCCUGCUGCAGGGCAGAGUGGCCCUGGUGGGAAGGUGGCCCUCCCAGCAGAGAGACCUGAGCGCCUGGCAGGGCUGCCAGCCGAGCCUCGGGAGCAGAGGCACGCCGAGGGCCUGCUUCAGGACAACGCCGGCAGCAAGCUGGAGGACGCCGGCAAGGUGGAGCUGCUGGACCAUGCGGUGCUGCUGCAGGUGAUCAAGGAGCAGCAGGUGCAGCAGAAACGGCUCCUGGACCAGCAGGAGAAGCUACUGGCUGUCAUUGAGGAGCAGCACAAGGAAAUCCACCAGGAGCGGCCACGGCUGGUGGACACAAAGGAUGAGCCAAGGCCAGUGGCACCCCGUGACAAGGAGAGGGAGGCCCCCGCCCGGAAGCCGGGGCAGGACGUGCUGGCUCAGGCCGUGGAACCUGCGCCCAGAGACCGCCCGGCACCCCCCAAAGAACACGGCCCACGGGCUGCGGGAGAGCCCCAGGGGGCUGUGGUAAGAGGCGCAGCUGGCCUUCCUGGUGACAGCGCAGACAUGGAGCCCCGGGCAGCCCAGGCCAAGGCUGGGAAAGGCCGGCAGGGCGCCCCACGGGAGCAGGAGCCACCCGCUGUGCAGAACCCCGCCGUGUCCCCCCAUCCCCCUGGGCAAGGUCGAGGAGUCCUUGCCGAAGGUUCCCAAGAAGGGGAGAAACCUAGAAAGGAGGCGGCAGCUAUCGGCACUGAUGUUGGGAAGGAGCCCGCUGUGCCUGGGGCCAGGGUGGAGGCCCCGCAGGUGAGGCAAGACCCAGGGCCCGUGGCCGACCUGGCCCACCAGUCCAAGGGAGGAGCGGCCCUUUGGGCCCCGUCUGCGCCCGAACACUGGGGUGCCCCUGACGGGGGUCGGGGCCAGCUGUUGGGCCAGGCCCAUCACCCGGAGGCCUGGAAAGAGGCGCCUGGAGGGAACCCCGCCGUGCAAGAGCCUGAGCUGAGGCUGGAGCCCGAGCCGGGGCCUAAGGUGGCCGCCCCAGAGGCCCCGAAGCUGGACAAGGCCAAGCCCAACCGCGACCUGAAGGUGCAGGCAGGCGCUGACUUGCGGCGGCGGCGGCGCCGGGGUCUAGCCCCCGACCUGGGGCAAGAUGGCGUCCUCCUCAGCCUGCACCCCCUGCUGGGGCUUGGGGCCAACGGCCUGCGCGGUGCCCUGGAGGCCCAGCUGCACCAGGCGGCGCAGGGGGCGGUGCAGGUGGUGCGGAGCCGGCAGAUGAAGCAGGUGCUGGGGGCCAUGGAAGAGGCGUAAGUGCCUCCCUAGGGCGGGGCCUGAGUCUGCCCAGCUCACUCCCCUGGCUUCACCUGGGAGCGCAGUAUCUCCUCCCUGUCCCCCCAGUCUUCAGAUCUCACUGGGGUAUCAUUUGCAGAGUGGCCCCCGCCUGCCCUUCUCUUUGCCUCCUACUUUGAGGCUGUAACUAGAAGGUUCUUCCAACGUCCCACAUAGUGCUGGGUCCUUUCAGCCUGAAGAGGGCCGCUCCCACCCUGAGCCCCAGCUGGGACCCACCACUCCAGGUGGCCUCUGUGUGUCAGAGACAGACCAGUCCCACACACCCAGGAGUGUGGCCCCUCUCGCCCUCACUGACCCUGCCCCAUGAGACCUCUCAGAGCCAACUGACCACAAAGCUGGUUCCUCAGACGUCCCUUAUUUACCUAGAGUCCUCUAAGUACGGUCAGCACCCUCCAAUAAACACUGCCUGCUGCUGCCCCCCAGGGUCGCUGUGAGCUGCUGGGGGACCUCAUAUCUGCCUCUCCACCUUCCCCAUGCGUUCCCAAAUGAAACUGUUCUGAGUUUAUUUUUAACUAAUAGAAAAACCACUGAUAGCUGAAAAUAGUAAAGCUGGUAUUGAGGUGAAUUACCUAGAAAAAAGGCUCAGGAUCCCACCAACAUAAAGCAUGAUGGGCAAUGGUGAGAGAACACCAUUAAUAAAGGUGAUAACACAGGAAAUCUCCCCGCCCAAUAUCACUGUUGGGUAGGCACGCUACAGGAAGGGGCAGCAAGUCCAGGGCAUCCCCACUGGAGAUGGUGCUUCCUUUCUCUUCGGUGGUCCAUUGUCUUGGGAGGAGGGUGCAGCACCUCAUCAUAAACACAGCCUCCCUAGGUGCAGGGUGGUGCUUUUUAAGGGUUCAGAAAAGCUGGUGGUCACACACGCCGUCUGGGAGACGCAUCGGUGGCAGAGGUCCACUGAGGCCCCAGGCGGUGGUGUGUCUGCACGGGUGCCUGCCCUUAUCCUGGUGGAGACACCCCAAACCUUAUGCGCUGGGCUGGCGUGGGGGCUGUGUGCUGACUACAUGUAGGAUGCCCAGCUGUGAGGAGGACUAGCCUUUGAGACGUUCCUCAGAAACCUCACCACACAGCUCUUCACCUGCACCUUCUGAAAUAAUUGUCAUUUCUGUCUGAAAGCUGGAGAUGGAAAACCAAAAGGGAAGAACACGCUUGGCAUUUCUUAGGCUGAAAGAACUGAAGAAAAAAUUCAAGCCUUGAGUUGCAAUAAUUAAGGAUUCUAUGGGGAAAAUAUUAAACGACGCAAGAAGCAUCAAAAGAAGAUGGAAGGAAUACACAGAGUCAUUAUACCAAAAAGAAUUAAUCGAUGUUCAACCAUUUCAAGAGAUGCAUAUGAUCAGGAACCAAUGGUACUGAAGGAAGAAGUCCAAGCUGCUCUGAAGGCAUUGGCCAAAAACAAGGCUCCAGGAAUUGAUGGAAUAUCAAUUGAAAUGUUUCAACAAACAGAUGCAGCACUGGAGGUGCUCAUUCGUCUAUGCCAAGAAAUAUGGAAGACAGUUUCCUGGCCAACUGACUGGAAGAGAUACAUAUUUAUGCUUAUUCCCAAAAAAGAGGAACCAACCGAAUGUGGAAAUUAUAGAACAAUAUCAUUAAUAUCACACUUAAGCAAAAUCUUGCUGAAGAUCAUUCAAAAACGGCUGUAGCAGUAUAUUGACAGGGAACUGCCAGAAAUUCAGGCCGGUUUCAGAAGAGGACGUGGAACCAGGGAUAUCAUUGCUGAUGUCAGAUGAAUCCUGGCUGAAAGCAGAGAAUACCAGAAGGAUGUUUACCCGUGUUUUAUUGACUAUGCAAAGGCAUUCAACUGUGUGGAUCAUAACAAAUUAUGGAUAACAUUGUGAAGAAUGGGAAUUCCAGAAUGCUUAAUUGUGCUCAUGAGGAACCUUUACAUAGAUCAAGAGGCAGUUUUUCGGACAGAACAAGGGGAUACUGAAUGUUUUGAAUUCAGGAAAGGUGUGUGUCAGGGUUGUAAUUUUUCACCAUACCUAUUCAAUCUGUAUGCUGAGCAAAUAAUACGAGAAGCUGGACUAUAUGAAGAACGGGGCAUCAGGGUUGGAGGAAGACUCAUUAACAACCUGCGUUAUGUAGGUGACGCAACCUUGCUUGCUGAAAGUGAAGAGGACUUGAAGCACUUACUAAUGAAGAUCAAAGACCACAGCCUUCAGUAUGGAUUGCACCUCAACAAAGAAAACAAAAAUCCUCACAAUUGGACCAAUGAGCAACAUCAUGAUAAACGGAGAAAAGAUUGAAGUUGUAUUUCAUUUUACUUGAAUCCCCAAUCCACAGCCAUAGAAGCGGCAGUCAAGAAAUCAAAAGACGCAUCGUAUUGGGUAAAUCUGCUACAAAGGAUCUCUUUAAAGUGUUGAAGAGCAAAGAUGUCACCUUGAAGACUAAGGUGCGCCUGACCCAAGCCAUGGUAUUUUCAAUCGCAUUAUAUGCAUGUGAAAGCUGGGCAAUGAAUAAGGAAAACCGAAGAAUUGAUGCCUUUGAAUUGUGUUGGCGAAGAAUAUAGAAUAUACCAUGGACCGCUGGAAGAACAAACAAAUCUGUCUUAGAAGAAGUACAGCCAGAAUGCUCCUUAGAGGCAAGGAUGGCGAGACUGCGUCUUAGAUACUUUGGACUUGUUGUCAGGAGGGAUCAGUCCCUGGAGAGGGACAUCAUGCUUGGCAGAGUACAGGGUCAGCGGAAAAGAGGAAGAUCCUCAACGAGGUGGAUUGCCACAGUGGCUACAACAAUGGGCUUAGGCAUAACAACGAUUGAAAGGAUGGCGCAGGACCCGGCAGUGUUUCGUUCUGUUGUGCAUAGUGUCGCCUAUGAGUUGGAACUGACUCGACGGCACCUAACAACAACAACCUGAAAGACGCUCCCCCGACCCCAGGUUGGCCUCACCCAGAGACCCGUGUCCCGUGUGAUCACACAGGUUCUGGGUGUUCAUGAGUCCAGGGACACGUUCCACCAGCACAGGGUGCCUCCGGCCCUUCAUUAGAAGUGACCCUGGAGGAACCAGUGCCCAGUAAUAUCCCCCUAGACAGCCCCCAGCUGUCUAGGAGGAUAUUACCUGGGGUGGGAUUUUAUUUCUGCCUUGAUUUUCCUGCUAACCUAGUUUUCUGGACCCUUUUCUGUUGGGAGGUACCACCAUCCCCUCCUCUCCCAGGAGGCUGGAACAGCGCUGCCUGCCUGGCACAUGCUGGCUUGUUUCUCACCUGUCCGCAGAGAGACAGGCAGAGUCCUGGGAGCACCCAGUGCUUUCUGAAACGUGCCAGUACUGGUGGGGUAGAUCCAAGGGCGUCAGGUGCCUGGAACAAAGCCUCAGGUGGAUCAAGGACGAGAGGGUCUCCACACCUGGGGAGAGGGGACUGAUUAUGGAAUAGAAUUUAGAAAUGGGCCAGGUGAGGGCCUGAAAACAGGCCUGGGCUCGCUGGGUUGCAGGGCUACUCCUGCUCACUGGGCCUAGUGAGCCAUGCUCUGGCAUCUGGAGUAGGCUGCUGCAUGAGAGGGGAUGCCCACUCAAAGCAGUUCCCAGCGUGCCCAGGAUUUUUGGGACCCCGAUGGCCUGUGGGCUUUAGACUAUUUAAAUGUACGGCCGGGGCGGGUUCUGCACUUCUGAUCUCCCUUUUAGCUCAUGGAACGAGAGGAUGGGGAGCUGGACUGGGCAAGAGAGAUGUCAGUGAUGAACUUGGGCUCCUGAUACCAAGAGGAGGUAGCAAAAGGAGGGGUAAGGGGUCCCCCUUAUAGCCCAUUGUUAGUCUGGAAGUGUGACCCCACCUUUUCCUGGGACCAGGAAAGUCAGCUGUAGGAUUCUCUACUGCAUGGAUUUUUUUUCCCCUCAUGGUUUGCUGCUGUUCGGUGCCGUGGAGUUUGUUUUGAUUAACCACCCCACGUACGAUGGAAGGAAACACUGCCCAGUCCUGCACCAUCCUCACAAUUAUUACUGUAACCCUUAAGGUGGCACUUCUAAUUUUAUUCCUGGUACAUCCUUGUUCCCUGCCCUGCCCCCUGCACAGUCAAACAGAAUCUGUACCGGUUGUCUUUUAGUUCAAGUAUGUUUUAUUCUGUCCCACACCCUGUUGUACAUUCUUGCUGGGAAACCCACUCCCCCUCUUUCUGCAGCUCUCCCUGCAGAGACGCAGGCCCAUUUGAGAGCCGAAGUCUCCAUGCCUAGGUUUCAGCCUCAGUGUUAAAUGCUGCCACGUGCUGUUGGCAAGGUUGGGCCUGGCUCUGUGCAGCUUGGGUGGGCUGGUCCCUCCUAGCAGCCUCCCUUCACGGUCUUGGCCUGAAAGAGAAGGUACUUUGUCAGCACAGGUAGUUUUCAGGUUAGAUAUGGCUCCAAAGCAAGAAAACUCCCACCACAAAGGUCUUCCUUGACCAAACUGGACUUAAGAAACGAGGCUGUGGCAGGAGGCUCAGCUGUGUGAACCCCAAAACACCAGGGUGUUGGUAAGGUGACCCCCCACCGCCCUCAUCAUCUCUGCUAAUUCUCCGAUGGUUUCUCAGGUUAAUGUCAUCGUCUUCUAAUAAACACGUAAACUCCACGAAAACAAAA